AGAGAACACAAGAUUAUAUCAGGACCUAUAGACACCUGGAGAGAACACAACAUUAUAUCAGGACCUAUAGACACCUGGACCAACCUGGAGAGAACACAACAAGAUGAGGAUCCUGCUGAUAGUCAUCCUCCUCUCCUUCAUGACAGGUUGUUUGAGCUCCUUCAAAGUGACAGGAUACUCUGGAGGAACUGUCAUCAUCUACUGUCAUUAUUCCACAGAAGAAAGAAGUAAUGAGAAAUAUUUCUGCUUGGGGCAGUAUAGUUAUAUUUAUAGUUUGAGUUGUGAGGAUCAAAUCAGAACUGGAUUGAAUAACACCUGGCAGCACAGUGGUAGAUUCUCUCUGUAUGACAACACUGGAGGAAACUACUUCAAGGUGAUCAUCAGACAACUGACCAGACAAGAUGAAGGGACCUACUGGUGUGGAGUGGACAUACCUACUGCACUUGACAGUUAUACCAAGGUAGAGCUGGAGGUGAAGAAGGAUGACUGCUGUGAGAAGUCAGUCACAGAGACGGCCUUUCUGGGAGGAGAAGCUACCAUCAGAUGCAACUAUCCAGAGGACCAUGAGGACAACAUCAAGUAUUUCUGCAAAGUAGACAGUGAAUCUGACUGUGAAAACAAGAUAUCAGAUACAUAUCAUGAAAAACCUAGAAGAUAUUCUCUUUCUAAGAGAAGAAGAGAGAGAUUCUCCACAGUGACCAUCAGUGACCUGACUGAAGAUGAUACUGGGACCUACUGGUGUGGAUUAGAAACCAGCAGGACAGAACAACGUUACAUUACACUGAUCACACAGGUGAAGUUGCGUGUUAUAAUGAUGUCCAGGUCUCCUGCAACACCGUCCUCACCAACCUCUUCAUCCACCCCAGGGACCUCCACUUACCCUGUUCCCUCAUCUAUCUCCCCUUCAUCAUCCACAUCAUCAUCAAUCCCAAUAGUGCUUGUAAUGAUCAUGGUGUCUGUCAGUCUGGCUGUGUUGGUGUUAACUGUCAUCCUGUUCACCGUCUACAGAUGGAAAUGUAACAAGGUGCAAGAUGUUGUGUGUUCCCAAGGGCCGGCUUCUUCCAGCAGACAGACCUCUAGCAGACCAAACACCAACCCAGGAAACAGUGAGGAGGGGGACCAGGACUAUGAGAAUGACCCUGCUACAGACACCAUGGUUUAUAUAGGAACAGAUGAUGCUGUCUACCAAACCCUGAACACCAACACUGCAAUCCAAGAUUCAACUUACCAAACCCUGAACCCCAACACUGCAAUCCAAGAUUCAACUUACCAAACCCUGAACCCCAACACUGCAAUCCAAGAUUCAACUUACCAAACCCUGAACCCCAACACUGCAAUCCAAGAUUCAAUUUACCAAACCCUGAACCCCAACACUGCAAUCCAAGAUUCAACUUACCAAACCCUGAACCCCAACACAGCAAUCCAAGAUUCAACUUACCAAAACCUGAACCCCAAGACUGCAAACCAAGUUUAAAUGUAUCGAUCCCUGGAACUGCAAACAAAGACUGAAUUUAGGGACUAAUUUGCAGCGUUUGAAGUGGAGGUGGUUCUAUUGCCAUGUUGGGGUUCAGGGUUUGUACUGCACCAUUAAACACUCUGUUACAUAGUCUACUACUGUAGACACCUCAUAAUGUACUGCACCAUUAAACACUCUGUUACAUAGUCUACUACUGUAGACACCUCAUAAUGUACUGCACCAUUAAACACUCUGUUACAUAGUCUACUACUGUAGACACCUCAUAGUGUACUGCACCAUUAAACACUCUGUUACAUAGUCUACUACUGUAGACACCUCAUAAUGUACUGCACCAUUAAACACUCUGUUACAUAGUCUACUACUGUAGACACCUCAUAAUGUACUGCACCAUUAAACACUCUGCUACAUAGUCUACUACUGUAGACACCUCAUAAUGUACUGCACCAUUAAACACUCUGCUACAUAGUCUACUACUGUAGACACCUCAUAAUGUACUGCACCAUUAAACACUCUGCUACAUAGUCUACUACUGUAGACACCUCAUAAUGUACUGCACCAUUAAACACUCUGCUACAUAGUCUACUACUGUAGACACCUCAUAGUGUACUGCACCAUUAAACACUCUGCUACAUAGUCUACUACUGUAGACACCUCAUAAUGUACUGCACCAUUAAACACUCUGCUACAUAGUCUACUACUGUAGACACCUCAUAAUGUACUGCACCAUUAAACACUCUGCUACAUAGUCUACUACUGUAGACACCUCAUAAUGUACUGCACCAUUAAACACUCUGCUACAUAGUCUACUACUGUAGACACCUCAUAAUGUACUGCACCAUUAAACACUCUGCUACAUAGUCUACUACUGUAGACACCUCAUAAUGUACUGCACCAUUAAACACUGCUACAUAGUCUACUACUGUCACUGAUCUGUAUGGAACAGCAUUAAUUCAUGUUUUCAUUCAUUGGUGUUUUACACCGUGCUUCUACACCUGCAUUGCUGUUUGGGGUUUUAGGCUGUGUUUCUGUACAGCACUCUGAGAUAUCAGCUGAUGUACGAAGGGCUAUAUAAAAUUCAAUAAAGCACCAAUAUAUUUC